UGGCGGUGGAGGUAUCAAGACAAACUUGUUCAAACUUAUCAAACUUAUUCAGCUUAUUUCGCUAAGCGACUUCAGUCGUGAACUUAUAACGGCUGGCACAACUUGUGCUCCGAGUCUCAAUGUUGUGAAGUAGACGAUCUUUUUAUUAAAACCAACAACUUUGAGACUAUCUACUCGUUUAUUAAAUUAUUGGAUUAAGUGAACCAAAACAAUCAUGACUGGUGUUAAAAUAAGUGCUUCGGCUGGGACGCCUACGGCCACCAUAACGACAACAUCUUCUACACCAACAACGGCACCUAAUACUUUUCAAUCAGAAGAUUUCAGCUUAGACGCGAUUCUAGUUCGAAUCGGACAGUUCGGAAAAUUCCAAUUAAUCAAUUACCUUCUAAUAUGCAUUCCUAUGCUCUUCAAUGCUAUAUUCUCCGUAACAUACGUCUUCACUGCCAGCACAGUGGUUCAUAGAUGUCGUGUUCCAGAGUGUGACGGACCUGAUAGUGCUUAUCUAGAACCAUGGACGGAAUUUUCAAUCCCAACUAAAUCAGGAGGUGAUUUGGAUGAUUGUAAUCGCUACGUGCCCUACAAUAGCAGCUUCCAAGCUGAUUUCUGCUACGCGGAGAAUUUCGAUCGAAAUAACGCUGAGAAAUGUGGAAUUGAUUUUAUAUUUCGUGAUAAGGAAGUGUCCAUUGCUAAUGACUUUAAUAUUUAUUGCUCGGACGAAUGGAAAUUAUCGAUGGUUGGGACGAUCAAUAAUGUUGGACAAUUUAUUGGAAUACCAUUGGGUGGAUAUUUUGCAGACAGGUAUGGCCGCCGAACCAUGUUGGCAGUGGGAGGUUUUCUGAGUGCAGUGAUGGGAAUUAUUCGCUCCUUCUCAACGGACUAUUACAUGUUCCUGGCGUUUGAGUUCCUUGACAAUGUUUGUGGCAGCACUCUGUACGCAACAGUAUUUAUCCUCUCCCUAGAACUUGUCGGUCCAAAGGUACGAGUUCCGGCCUGUUCGAUUAUUACAAUAUUCUAUGCCAUUGGUGAGGUGCUACUUGCAGUGGUCGCUAAAUACUAUCCAAAUUGGCGAACUAUCCUCCGAAUACUAUACAUUCCUGCAUUGGCCCACAUUGCCUUCCUGUGGAUUCUUCCUGAAAGUGUUCGAUGGUUAUUGUCACAAGGUGAAGAAGAAAAAGCCACAAAAGUUCUUCAGAAAGUAGCAAAAGUUAACAAGCGCAAACUAUCCGAUCAUAGUAUUGAAAAACUUCUUUUGGCAAAUAAGUUCAAGUUAGCUCAAGCUGAUGAAGGAAAGUUUCCAAUUAAAGAAGCCUUCAAAACACUUUUCUGGCGGAUUGUCAAUUGUGCUCUUUGUUGGUUCACACAUGUUCUAGUCUACUAUGGACUGAGUUUGAAUGCUGUUUCACUUGGAGGCAACAAAUAUGAUAAUUUCAUAUACAUCUCCUUGGUUGAGAUUCCAGGAUUUUUAAUACCGUUUCUAACAAUGGAUCGAUUUGGCAGACGAUAUUCCUUGUUUGGAUAUCUUGUAGUGUGUGGAAUUUGCAUUGGAGCUACGAUAUUUCUUCCAGUUGGUAUGUAUGGCAUUCAAUUGACACUGUUCCUUCUUGGAAAAAUGGCAAUAGCUGCAUCGUUUCAAGUUUUGUAUUUUUACACUUCGGAAAUAUUUCCAACAAAUGUUCGAAAUAGUUUGUUGUCAUUUUGUUCGAUGUUUGGGCGGAUUGGCUCGAUGGUGGCGCCACAGACACCUCUUAUGGCAAAGUAUUAUGAACCCUCGCCUGCGAUUCUUUUCUCGGCAUGUGCACUCAUUUCUGGAUUCAUGGCAUUACUAUUUCCCGAAACAACUGAUGUCAUUUUACCUACAACAAUGCUCGAAGCUGAAGAAAUUGGACAGAAAAAAAAAGCUAAGGAGGUUGAAACAGGAAACACGUAGCUGUCCAUGAUAUUAUUAAUAUUAUAAACAUUUGUUUAUAUAGAUUUAUGUUAACUUAGAUUCCUUAAAAACAUAUACAUAUUUACAUGUGAAUAUAUUACCUAACUAUAUUUUAAGUUAUUUAAAUAAGCUCAUUUAAUGUAAGUUAACUUUUAAGUAAUUAAAGUAGUUUUAAGACUUUGUUAAACAAUUAUUGUAAUUUUUUUGACUGGAAACAGUUUUGUCAAUCACCGAAAAUUGUACAUAUUUUUGUUAACUAAUUUAAUCUUCAUUUAAUCUUCAAAGAGCAGUAGUAUGGAAGCCAACUGCUGUAAAACAUCCAUUUCGUCAGACCAAAGGCUAAUCUGGCGCAGAAUUUAUAUGUCUGUAAAAAUAUAAAUACUGACCUAACCAGAUCCCGAGGUACUUCUCUACACUUUUGCUCGUUAAUCUCUGCCCGUGGAGAUCAACGAUGACCAUCGUGCGACAAUUCUUGCAAGUAUCCCUUUGGGCCCUAGCCUACAAAGCCCAGAACAAAAUUCUCUUCCAUUGCUGGACGUUUUGUUUCAGUUUUUAGUUUACAUUGGUAAUAGGAUCUACACCUGCUGACUUUUUGUUCCUUAUUGAGUUGAAGAUGAGCUGGAGCUAAAUUGAAGUUAAUCACAAGAGACUUGGCCCCGUUUGCUGGGCGAUUAUGACAUUUGCCAAGAAAUCGUCAAUGAACCGCAAUCAAUCGAAAGUGAUGUAUUAAGGCUCUGUAUUCCAGGUCUUGGUUGGGGAGAAUCUUAUAACAUUCAACUUGUACACUUGCAGAAAAGCACCCCACUGCCUCUACCUUUUCCUUUAGGUGCAACUAUUUUCAUGAAAAAAGUCACUCAAAAUCUUAAAACCAACAACUUCUUAAUGUUCAUUCUAAAAACUGUGACAUACAAACAUAUGUUAGUAUUCUGUACUUUAAAAAUAAUUUUGAAUAUUCAACUUUGUAUUCAUAUAGAAUUUUGUGUCAACAAAUUUUGACAUCGAGAAUUUUAAAUACCCCAAACCCCCAAACCUUAAAAAAAGAGGCUGGGAUGCGACCCACAUUGAUAACUUCCCAUCCCGUCUGUCGAUUUGUCUUGCUUAAAAGUUUGUCUAUAUGUACUCGUAUCAAUUUUUACCAAAUUUGCGUACUAUUUUUUGUAGAUUUUAUUUUUUAUGAAAAAACGGACUGUUGGAAUUUUUUUUAUAAAAAUUACUGAAUAUCGAAAACAAUAUUUUCUGUGAAAUAAAAUAAGUUUGAAGCCAA